AGUUGUAUUCUGUCAUGGGAAAUACCUAAGUAACUCUUGUGCUGUUUCUAGCCUCUGUGUGAGUUCAUUUGUUCUUUAUUUAUUGGUGAUUAAUGAAUAUGAAAAGUAAUAGAAAAUCAGUAUUCGGGUCUUCCAGUCAGGUCCUGAACAUCAAUCAUUCAUGUAAGCUACGAUACGUAAUUUUUUAUACCUUUGAAAAUCAGCUGAGUUGCAUCAGAUGAUUUCUUGACUGGUACAGACUGCUGUGUCAAUACUUACAAGGCAGGGACUAACAAGAGGGCCUGUCUGGCAGAAAAUCAGGCAAUCUCAAAAUCUUUUGAAAUGUGAGGAUAUAUUUCCAAACCUCUGUUUCCAUGCGUGGACUCCAGGCAAGAGGCAGACUGGCCACUACGCUUGCUGCCGGCUUUAGGUGUACAUGGUGUUUUUGUAAAGACAGAAAAGAAUAGCAAGAGAAGAAUGAUAAUGAAGAAGCAGUAUUUUCAUUGUGCGAGUCCAGAACAGUUUAUUAGACCAAGGGCAUUUGGUGUGUAAUUCAUAUGUAAAUUUUCUACUGAAAACAGGAGAACAAAUUGCCAGAGUUUCUAUAUUAGUUUCUGUGGUGACUGAAGGAAAAGAUUUCUGGGCUCAUGCAGCUACAACUUCCAGGUGUGGCCCACUUACGAUAGCAGGAAAAACCUUAAGCAAUGUCAUUUCUUCCUUUGUUAUUUUAAGUGUAAGGGCAAGCUCAGAGCAGAGUAAUUGCUGCCAUGCAGCUGCAUUCUUACAUGGCAGUAGGAAUUGCUGGGGUUUUGUUGCAAACCCCAUUAAAAGUGUCUGUGCAUGGGUGCAGUAGUUUGAAAACUCUCAAGUAGUCCCCUCAUUUUGAGAGAAGUGCUUGGGAAGUUUCAUGUUUUGUUGGAAUAGUUUGUGUUCCUCACUCUGGCAUCAUUUUCUUCAAGUGAUUUUCAGCUAGUAAUCUUAACUAGUUUUGUUGCAUUUUGUGCUUUUCCCAGCUGAUAACUUAUCUGUUUUUCUUGGAAGAAUUUGGGCUCCAUAUGCAAACAUGCUUUCUUUAGGUUACUUUGUGAUUCUUAAAAUGAAAAUACAUUGCUCAACUGUAGAGCAUCAACAUGUUUGCUCGUAGCUUCUGUUGUUAAGUUUCCAAGAUUUUCAGAGAGAAAAAGCAACAAAAAAAAGAAAAUGCAUUUAUAAUUUUGACUAAGAUGUGGAAACACUGAAUUCAAGCGGGCACGUAUCGCAGUUUGUAGGCUCUGUUGUCAUUAUUGUUAUCCAAAUGUGUCAAUACUGGUUUUUGACCUUACUUAAGUGUAUUUAUGCAUGAUAGGCAUUGGAAGCCAUUAAAAUGUAAAGCUAAAGCUAAUAUAAAGUUAACAUUUGAGUUGGAUGGGAGAUAUAUUUGUAGGUCCUUUUAGUGCUGUAAUCUAGAUGUGUUAUGAAAACGUUGACCAGUGAGGGUUCCUGGGUACUUGUAUUGGUGCAAAUAGAAAAGAAUCGCAGUUGCGGAAAGCUCCGUUGAUCGGGGCUUUUUUAGUUGGUGUAAUGGGGAAGAAAGUGGAUGAUUCAUGUGUGACACGGAAGGUGGCACUUGUUCCCUGUUCCUCGGGCGAUAAGACAAGGCAGAGUGUGUUAUGUUUAACUUACUGGACUGGAAGGUGCUUAGGCAGCUGUGAGUGGGGAGGUACGUAGGGAUUUCUGGCAGAACAGUUGUCCCUUUGCCUCUUCUAGCAUCUUUAUAAAAUACGAAAUUGUUUUGGCCUGUUGGCACUGUUGAAGUGGAAGAAGUAUAAAAUAUUGGAUUUCUAACCAACAGAGUAAAAUAUACCAAAUACAAGGUGAGAUAUGUAAUCAUACACAGCUUUAAGUAAAUAUGUAUGUUAAAUAACCAGAGUUAAAUAAAUACGUAUCUGAGGAAUGGUGCAUUUCUCCCAAGGUGAUGCCUUUAACAUCUGUUCAUCUUGUUCUUUGAGCUAGGAAAGUAUGAAAACAGGAACGAAUUCUUUGCAACUUUGCAUUGAAAGAUUGCUUCUUAGAUUCAUGUAAGAAUUUAUUUGUGUGUGUGCGUGUGACUUUUGCCAAUAAUUUUUUAAAAACUAUAGAUUAAUCAGAAAUCUAUAAAAAGUGUUUGAAUUUUAUUUGAUCUCAAACUGAGAUGACUGUCAGCAGAAUAAGUAGAGCUGUGUGGAGGUACUUUAUAAUCUGAGUUGAGAGCUUAAUCUAUAGAAAAAAUCUACAAUUUUUUUAAACCCACAAACUUUUGCAACUCUCAUGCAAUUCUCUUAUAAUAAUCUAUAAUCAUCUGCUUUGUAUUUCUGUGUCUUACAGGGCUGUCCUUAUGCCUCAGGAGAAUAGUUAUUGUAAGGAAAAUGUACUACACUGCUGUCUAAUUUGUUGCUGCCAAUCUUAUCAGCCUUUUUUAAUUGGUCUGUUAAAGAAGUGCAGGUAGAGAUAAUUUCUUUAUUACCAUAUCAGUCAAGGCAUUAGCUAAUUAUCAUAUGGUUACCCAUAAAAAUAUUUUUUGUAGGAAAAAAAUAAAUGUUGGAUCUUAGGAAAAAGAAAAUGAAUUAAUGGAAACACAGAUAUGAUACUUGCACAUGUGAGUAUUUUUUCACAGAAAUAAAUUUUUGUGUCUGUUCAGCAGCACAGCUUCCCACUGCCUAUGUAGUUUUUUUUCAAGAAAUCACUUCAUGCCCUUAAAAGAGUAGAAUAAUUUAACAGGGUCAUAAAAGCUAAGGAUGAGAGACUCCUACCCAUUUUGUUCCCAGAGAGGCUGGGAAUCAAGCAUGCUUUUCCUGUUGGAAAUGAAGCAAGGAAUAACAGAAGUUGUCUGUUGUGAAGUGGAUGCAUAGUAGGAACUAAAGCUGUUCUGCUAAGCUGUUAAUGACCCUUCAUUUACAAAAGCAAAGGCUUUUAAAAGAGGACUCCUUCAUUUUGGUAUUUUAGAUAUAUACUUUAGGGUUAAUUGAUAAGGAAAAAAAAUCAACUUUUUUUUUUUUCUCUUGGGUGAGUGGGAAUAUCAGCAGGAAGUUUGGACGGCUCCCUGAGGAAGGUGGGAGUAAGGUAACUCAUUUUCCAGUUUUAAUAAUAGCCUCUACUGAAUGUAAUAUGGACUGGGGUGUUCUUUUAGGGCUCCAAGGUCUCAGCCGUGAUCAGUCCUAAGUGCCUAUGUAUUCACUUCCCCAUAUGGACUUCUUUCUUUCAUAAUGUAGCUACUUGCACAUCAGUGGAGCCAUGUGCACAGACUAAUACCUGCAGAAGUGGGUCCUGGGGUGCAAACACUGCUCUUUGAUUCCCAGUAGCUAUACUUGCUUCAUGUUGUUAUAUGUGCUUUAAAGACAUCAGGAUGAGUAUGGUAUCUCUUUGCUCUGCAUGCCAUGCUUCCUCUUUGCAUUUUACUGUAAACUCAUGUUACCUGCUCCAAAGUGUGUCUACCUGCCUGGUUCAUUCUUCCAGUAAGCAGCUGGAAAUAUAUCCCAGUUGCUAAUGUCUUUGCUGGUAAAGUUCCCACAAGUCCAUGUUGAAAGCCACCAGUGGAAAAUGAAGGAUCGAUUGGGCUGGUUUCCUUAGGAGAGGUAGCUUUUUUCACCAAGUUUUCCACCAGUCUCUUCAACACAACAUCUGCAUUUGCUGGCCACUAACAACCAAGUUCAAUGAAGGAGCGAGAGACACAAUCUAAGCUUCCCUUUUAAGGGAAUGUUGCAAGGCUUGGAAAUAUUUCAACUAAUCAAUACUAAGCUUUACUCAUUAUAAUUGCUGCACUUCCUUUAUCAGAAUUGAAACCGUGGUGUUGACCUGCCAUCAAUAAAACUGCUGACAGUAUUAAUGCACUUAAUGUAGUGUGUGUGUGGCUGUGUGCAUGUGUAUUUAUAUAUAUAUGUGCAUUUAGGAAGAUGCAUUUUAUGGGUUUUUUUCUGCUGUUACAAAGAUGGAAGAUUCUGGUGUCUGUGUUGAACUGCCAUAGUAGCAUUCACAUUUUCCACAGUAAAAUAAAUCAACCAUCCUGCCAAAAAUCUCUCCAGAAGGAAAGUGCUUGAGAUACAUAAAAUGCUUCUGCUGUUGUAGGUAGAGUUUGUGGUGUGGGAGAUGCAGAUUAGGGGGUCCAAAAUUCAGUCCAGGAGCCACAGGGUGCCUAUGAGCAGUUUGAAUAUGACUCUCCUGGUGGCUGUCUCUGUUUGUGUGACAGGGGGAUUUUAGUCCUGCUGUCUACAGUAUAGAAACAGUGCGGUUUGGACAGUGCUAGUGAAGACCUAAAGCAAGCAGAAGGUGUCACAGACAAGGAACCACCACCUUGCACCAGGCUGGACUGCUGCUGGCUGCUGGGGAAGAUGGGCAGAGUGCAACAGAAAAGCUUCCCUCUAAGAGAGCUUUUUGCUGGGCAUUUUGUAGGACCAUGCUAUGCUGACUCAGGUUCUUUCUGAUAAAAAGUAGUGGUUGUUUCUGUGAACUUGCUGUUAAUUUCCUUCCCUGUUUCUGGAUCUAAUUUUAUAUGACUUCAUGCCAAGACAGUGGAGGGAGAGGGAGAGAAAGAAAAAAACCCCUGCAAAAUCCAGCUGCAUUUUUCAAUAUGAUUGUUUGAAAUGUGCUCAGCUUUCAGCAGAAAGAGAAGUCUCUUUGUUUGCGCUGAUUAGAAGCUAUUACAUGUAAACUACAGUAGGUGACUUCACUUGAACUGUGCUCAUUUAUGUGUGUGGGUUCUGAUAACAACCAAACCCCAUGUGGUGUACUGGACAUGUGACACGUAAGUUUUAUCCCAAGAAUAACCAGAAAAUGAAUAUUUUUUAAUUAGCUUUCAAUCAAUCAAUGAAUUUUUUGACCUCAGGUCAUUUUUAGAUGAAUGAACAUACCAAGAACUUUGAUAAACGAGUUGAUCAGACUGCAGUGAAGUUUGCAGCUACAUACUUUCCCUCCUGUUUGGUUUGUUGGGGCUUUUUUCUCCUUUAGUUUUGCAGGAAAGAUGUGUAAGUUACUGCCUUUUCAGGUGUUCAGACAGUGAAGGUAACUUUUUUCUGUGGAGUUUGUAAGAUGCAGCAGAGCACAGAUGUGCUUUUGCUUCAUGGGAACAUGUUGGAACUGCUGAAUUCCAUAGCCCAGCUGUGCUCCUUUAGGUUUCUCUAACUGUUUUGCUCCUCAGAUUUGCUAGACAGAAUGGGCACGGUAGAAAGCCUCAUUGGGAUUGGUGUGAGCCUGAUUUUUUACUGAAAGUUGUUUAAAUUCCUCUGGGCUAUGCCUGUUGUAGUACUUCAUGGUCACCAGGUGAAAGACUUACUGUUCCCAGAUGAGCUUGAUUAUCAUCAUGAUUACUCCCUAUUAGGAACGAGUAAUGAAUCAUAGUGUUUGUUAUCCUAAUGUGUUUGUAUAACAAAUAGUUCUGCAGUUUGGAAGAAUUUACAUAUUGGAACUUGUGCCAGAAAAAUGGACACAUGCUUUGUGUGAGGUUUCUUUACAGUCAGAUAAGUGCUGAGCCACCCUUCUAGAGGCAUUCUUCCAUAAGACCAGCUGGUCAGGAUCAUACUGCUCUGAGGAAGGAGCAGGUGCCUUGACAGAUGAUCUCCCACUACUGGAAACCCAAGGGUGCUCCUCUUCUUCCAAAUCUUCAUUCUUUUGGGGAGCAAAGACAAGCACAGGGAGGAUGGAGGUAAGGUGAGGGAAGGUGUCCCAGCAAAUCAAUGGCUGGGUCAGGGUGCUUGAGGGCCAGGUUCACCUGCAGCGCUGGGUUUUAGGGAAUCAGCUUGACCUGCAGGUCUGGCUGAAUGUAUGGGGUGGGGUGGCAGUAAGGCAUGUUUGCUGUUCUCUUUCUCUGUUUCUGUCUCCAAAUAUAGUAACUCAUUUUUAAAGUUUUACAUUUUAGUAGAGUGAGGUCAUGUUCCCAUGAAAUGUUUAAUGUUCAGAAUGAUUUCUGGGAUGUUUGCAAACCACCUACUGUUCUCCUUCCCAGGGAGGGGGCCCCAAGAGCAGUAGGCAUUUACGUGCAGGGUGCCACUAAUGCCUGAGCAGGACCAGGACUCCUCCUCACCCUUCACCUGUGUCUCAGGAGCUCCUGUCCUCUCACCAGAAAGGCUUGGCGUGGCAGCACAAGGCCUUGGUAAGGAGCCAAUAUUGCCCAUUGCAGCAGCAUGUCCACAGUUUCUGUGCUGGUGCCACCAGGUAGAGGCUGCAAGGCUUCAGGGUUUCUGUGUGUCAAAGACAGGGGAAAACUCUUCUUGAAAUGUAAAGUUUCCCUCUCAAGCACAGAGGAGUAAAUCUGCCUUCUUUUUUUUUUUCCCUUCCUUGUCAGGAUGGUGUUAUUUUGGGUGCAGGGUUAUGGAAAACACUGCACCUGCUUCCCAAAUAAUACAGUGUCAUGCACAGAAGUGCAAGUUUUCAGUCUUUUUCCAGGUGAAUGGGUGAAUGAUUAUGAUUGCAAAGUCAGCCUGUAGUGGGGUUUCUUGAUUGAUAUAUUUUUUCUUUUUUUCCAUGCAGAGCCAAGCAGUUGUACGUUUCUGCUAAUACUAGGUUUUGGUGUAUGACAUAGAAAAGACAUGAAAAGGAGACAUUGAGGAAAUGUUCACCUAUUUUGAUACUGAACUAGGGAUCAGUUUUUCCAGUUAACAAGUAAAGAUCAAUCUGUAGACAAUUUAGCAUAACAAAAUAUCAGAAGUUAAUGGUAUUUGAAUAAAAUUAUUCUGAAUUCUGGUAAUUGUGACAAGUUCUAUUUUACUUCAAUAUAAGUAGAAUCAAUUAUUAAUCAGUUAAAAUCUUCAUUUUGCACAUCAAACUUAGGCUGUAAGUCUUCUUUCAUAAACUUUUUUACAGAAAAAAAUUUGCAUCAGUGGCCCACAAUAAUGGGAAAAUAACUUGUGAUUAACUAUUUGCUAAUUGAGUACUUUGAAUUUUUUUGCCAAAUAAAUUGUAGAACAAGGAUUUCAAGCUUUUCCAGCACAGAGUACUGCAGAACAAACCUCAGGCUGGAAAACCUCAUGCACCUUUGGCUAAAAGAACCAAGACUGGCGUGUGCAAUGUACUUCAGAAAACAUCCAGAAGGUUUUUUCUGCAAUGUUCUUCUCUGUGAAGGCUGAACAAGGCUAACGGAGCGCUACAGUUUUACUCUGGAAUAAAUUACUGUUGUUUGCUAUGCAAAUCUUAUGAUUGUAAUUAGGCUAGGAUUUCAGCUGCUGUGUACACUGAUCUUUGUUCCCUCUGCGCAUGGGAGCUAAUUCUAAUGCUGCAAAACAGCACAGCAAAUGCCAAGGUCUGCUCAGCCUCUGAUCAUUUCUCACAGGGUGCAUUUGCUCCGAGUGGACAAUUGAAAAGAAACUAUUUACCUCUGCCUUCACAGGGAACGUAAUUGCACCGCCGGCAUCUUGUGGGCCGCUGCGAUGUUCAGGGUGUGAGGAUUGCGGUAAAAGCCUUAUAGGAGAAUGCAAACUCCACGGACCACUCAUCAGGGCUAAAGAUAGGGUUAUUCCCAGCCGAGCCCGCCUCACCCUACCUCACUACCUCACUUUGAGAGUGUUGGAGCUGAGAGCUGGAAACCAGCAGAUCCUUGGUGUAUUUGCAAAGAAAGUAAUUCAGAAGAGAACACAAUUUGGCCCUUAUGUUGGUCAACUGUCUACAAAACUGACCUGCUAUGAUGAGAGCAGACUAGUCCUGCAGGUAUUGAAAGAUGGAGGGAAGUACUUUCUGGACACUCCCAAUGAGGACUGUGGAAAUUGGAUGAUGUUUGUCCGGCUAGCCCGGAACCAAGAGGAACAGACCCUUGUGGCUUAUCAGCACUGUGGAGAAGUCUACUUCACAACAGUUAAGCCAAUUGAACCCCACACAGAAUUGAAAGUAUGGUAUGCUGCCGAUUAUGCCAAAUUUAUGGAAGCUUCUGCAGUCUUCAUUAAAGAAGAAUCAGAUGUCUCUCCUUUGCCUCCAGUAGCAAAAGAGCCUGUAGACCCUUGGAUAUGCUCCAGCUGUGGAAGCACUUUUGCAACUUUUGCUCUGCUGGAAUCUCACCAGUGCAUCCAUAAAGACCGAGUCCUUCCUACAAGGUUCAGACCACCAAAUAAAUUGGGACCUGUAAAAGCAAAAAACAAACUCAAAGGGAAACUGAGAGGAGCGUCAUUAGGCAAAAGCAUUACUCAAUGCUUUGGGACCAUUUCCUGCUCCUCUGCUGCAAAGUUCAGCUGUGCCAGCUCAGGGAGCACUUGUGGUGCUCUUGUAAGGUUUAUACCUAAAUGGAGAAAUGGUCGGUCUUCACUGCUGAAGGGAAAAGAAGCGAAGCAGCCAGAUAGCUAUCCCUGCCGACUCUGCGGGAAGAUAUUUGAUUCCAUUGACAAGCUCACAGUCCACACUUAUGCGCACAAAGGGGAGCGUCCCUACAAGUGUUCACAGCACGGAUGCACAAAAGCCUUCAUUUCCAAAUAUAAACUGCUCAGGCACUCGGCCACUCAUUCUCCACAGAAAUCUCACCAGUGUGGCUACUGUGAAAAGACCUUUCACAGGAAAGACCAUCUAAAGAAUCACCUUCAGACUCAUGACCCCAACAAGAUGGCCUUCAAGUGUGAAGAGUGUGGCAAGAAGUACAACACCAAGCUAGGCUAUAAGAGACACUUGGCUCUUCAUGCUGCCACCAGCGGGGACCUCACCUGUAGGGUGUGUGCCCAAGAGUUUGGUGGUACUGAGGUUCUGUUGGAACACCUCAAAAGUCAUGCAGGGAAGCCGACUGGCAACAUGAAGGAAAAGAAACAUAAGUGUGACCACUGUGAGCGUCACUUCUAUACCCGUAAAGAUGUGCGACGUCACAUGGUGGUUCACACAGGCUGCAAAGACUUCCUGUGCCAGUUCUGUGCCCAGCGGUUUGGACGGAAGGACCACUUGACACGCCAUACCAGGAAGACUCAUCCGCAAGAACUGCUGAAGAGCAGGUUGCAGAAUGGUGACUCAGUGGGUCUCCUUGACCAGCUCUUUUCAUACAGACUGAAGGAAGAUGCCAGCAUGCUGUCCCCUCUUCCUGAAGGGGUCCCUGUGCCAAAUGGGAUUGUGAAUAGUACAGAAACAGAGGAAUACAACCGUUCACAUCUUCAUUCCCAGUCAAGCUUACAAACUGCUCUUCCUCUUGAGUCUUCUCCUCACUUGCAAAGGAUGGGCUGUGCAGACAGCCUCCCGGCUGUCCCUCCCACACCAUGUUCAGCAGCUGUCCCUAUCAACCUGAACCUUCAUCAGCCUAACAAAUAUGACCUUAGUUCUACCUCAUUUGCCUCAGGAUCCCUCAAGAAUCUACCGAUAAAAGUGGAUGUUAAAGGUUACAAUGUGCAUCUUCUCGAGGACCUGCCGUUACCAGAACCUCAGUCUCUCCACAAAAUCAGUAUGGAAGAAGCUUCCUCAGGGCCUGUAGGGGAUACUAACAAGUACCCAGUGCACAAAGAGACAGAGGCAGCAGCUGAAACUGCAAGCCUGCCUUUCAUGGAUCUCACUCAUGUGAUGGGCUUCUGGCAGCUCCCACCAGGUGACAACCAGAACACUAUUGGGGACAUCACAAUGGCGUUUGGCUCAGAGGAACCAUCACACAGGCUGAAUGGCCUUGGCCAACAGCAAGGUCUUCAGCUAGCAGCUGGUGGGAUGGCCAUAAACCAGCUGCAUCAUCUUCCUCGCUCCUUUCCAUCCACUACAAAUUCUGUAACAUUGCCUCACUUUCACCAUGCCUUCAAGUAACCGUCAUCCUGUGUGGAUUUUUUUCCUUUUUUUUUUCCAAGACUGUGCUUCUUACUUAAAUCUGUUAGGACUGGGCUGUUUUUGUUUUGUUUUGAAGAAAAAUUGCCCCUGAUGUUUUCAAAGCACGCUAUGACCAUGGUAGUUAAAUUCAGGAUGUUAAUAAACAAGAAGCUCUAUUUUUCAUACUGUUAGUUUUUUAGCAUAUGACAACAGUAGAACUAAUAUAUUUCCCUCAGCUCCCUCUACAUUUUUGUUUCUUUUCAGGCAAACAACUGAAUAACUAUCUUCAGUGACAGCAAAGUAUCAUAACAGGCACAAUAAAACUAUGGCUGCUGCAAUAGGAGAAAUAUGGUUAGGGUGAAUGGGAAGAGGGGGUAAAUCACAAAGAAAUCAAUUUAAUGAGCCAUAAAUCACAGCAAAUUUGUACACAUGGCAAAUGUAACAAAUGAUUUAUCAACAUCAGAUAGAUUUCUGUUAAGCACUUAAUUAAUGAACUUUAUUAAUCCUUAAUUUAAAUCAGAAUCAUUCCAAGAGUAAAUCUUACGUCCUUUCACUUUCUUCAACGAAGUUUAUCACUAUUAUGAUUAUGUUAAACUAGAUUUUGUUUUCUGGUGGGCAGUUCAGCUGUGUGCCUUUUUCCUAGGGCUGAAAUAAGUACCACUUUUGAAUGACUGUGUAAGAACUGCAGUCUUGGAUACAUGCAGUUCUCAGAAUGGAAAGUGAAUUGUCUCAAGUUAGAACAAAACAUUAAUUUUCAUUUAGAGUUGGAUCUGUCAAGACAUCAGACACUUGUCUCUUUCUCUUUCUAGUAAAGCACUUGAGCAUUUGCUUAAAUUUAAGCUUAUGGCAUCCCAUUGGGUCAACAGCUUGAUUAAUUCAACACUUAAUAAAAAAUAAUGCAUCCUACCUAAGGGGCUUUUAUUCACCUUUUGUUGAUAAAAAUGGCCAUUAUUUAGUCUGGGAAAUUAUUCAUAAUUGCAACCACCUGAAAAUAUAAGCUUUCAGAGGAAUCCAGCCCCGGCCCAGACGAGCCUGUGCCCAAGCGGGACCCCUGUGGAGCAAGGGGCAGGUCCAUGCACAGAGGGGCUGUGGUGGUGAGCUGAUGCUGGGCCCUGUUCAAAACCAGGUUCUGAACCUGCCUUACAAGUGUCAGCUGAAAUUAGUCGGUUUGAGAAUGGUUGAAGCCAUUUUACUCAUGGGGGUUCUGCUCAGAAACAUCGGGACUGCUGCAGUUGGAUUUCAGCCUUUGUUUCUUGCAGACUAGAACCAUGGGGACUUCUCGUUGUUUCCUGGGGUAAAUUGUCCAUGAACAGUUCCUGUGGACAGUGUGUUGGUGUGACAGUCCUAUCACCUGAUGCAUGAACAAGCAGAAAUUGUAAAGAUCACAUUUUUCAGUAGAUGACAUUAUUAAACAAAGAGGCAAACUCUUCACAAUUUAGUUUGUUGCCUAACCCAUAGUUACAAAAAAAAAAAUAAUCAUGGCUUAGUGGAUGGCUCAGUUACUAAUGGAUUCUGUUUAAUCUAUAACAGACAUGGAAUUUCUGAAUCUGAGUAAAUUCUCAAGCCCCAAGAACUACUCUUCCAUUAAAUCCAAAGAGAGUUCAUAGUACCCCAUGGCCAUUACUGAUAUAACAUGGAACAAGCAUAUUCUUCUCUCCCUCAUUAAUCACAGGAAUAUUUCUGGAGAGCUUCAAAUAAAAAAAUAAUUCUUAAA